AUGAGCACCGUUGAUGCGAUCAGCAGAGUAAAGAGCCAGAUCCAAACAUAUGUACAGGAGAAUGGAGCAGCUGUCGCCAUCAGCCUUGACAUAGCUAACGCCUUUAACUCUCUUCCAUGGUGCUCGAUAUUAGACGCUAUGGAGGAGCUGAAAUUUCCGGACUAUCUGAAGGAGAUGGUGACAGCCUACCUGUCGAACAGAACAAUUAUGUACAUUAACGCGGAGGCCAAAGUUCAGGAAAGGAGCAUAUUAUGUGGAGUUCCUCAAGGAUCGACUCUUGCAGCUCCGUUAUGGAACGUCGGGUACAACAGAGUUCUGAAAACGCCCAUGCCACCGAAAACACAAAUAACAGGGUAUGCUGAUGAUACGAUCAUCGUUGCAGGAGGCAGAACGAUAGAGAGGGCCAUUAAUAGAGCAGAAAUCGCGGUCGCGAAG